AUGAAUUUGUUUAACUCACAUUUGCUUUCGUAUAUGGUACCUAAAAAUUUGAAUUUGAAUUGGAAUUUUGGGUUUAUACUUGGAAUAUUGUUAGUACUCCAAAUUAUAUCCGGGUUGAUGCUUUCUUUCUUUUAUGUGCCAGCAAAAGGUAUGGCUUUUGAAAGUACUUUGGCCGUAAUGUUAAACAUUUGUUUCGGUUGGUUUGUUCGUCUUUAUCACUCGUUUGGAGUUUCGUUUUAUUUCUUCUUUAUGUUUCUACAUAUCAUGAAAGGUAUGUGGUAUUCUAGUAAUCAUUUACCUUGGUCUUGGUAUUCUGGUGUUGUUAUUUUCGUUUUAAGUAUAGCAACUGCUUUUGUUGGUUAUGUAUUACCAGAUGGUCAAAUGAGCUUCUGGGGAGCUACAGUCAUAGGUGGUUUAUUGAAAUUUUUCGGAAAAGCUAAUGUUCUAAUUUUUGGAGGCCAAACAGUUGGUCCAGAGACAUUAGAGAGAUUCUUUUCUAUACAUGUUAUAUUGCCUGUGAUUAUAUUGUUAGUUGUUAUAUUUCAUCUUUAUGUUCUUCAUAGAGAUGGAAGUUCAAAUCCAUUGGCAGUUAUAGACAUGCUAGCUAUAUUUAGAUUUCAUCCAGUGGUACUUUUCAGUGAUAUUAGAUUUAUAGUUAUAGUAAUUUUAUUAAUUGGAGUGCAAUCUGGUUAUGGAUUCAUUUCUAUUUUUCAAGCAGAUCCUGAUAAUUCGAUAUUAUCUGAUCCUUUAAACACUCCUGCACACAUUAUUCCAGAAUGGUAUUUACUUUUGUUUUAUGCAACAUUAAAAGUGUUUCCAACAAAAGUAGCUGGACUUUUGGCAAUGGCAGGAAUGUUAGAAUUGUUAGUAUUAUUAGUUGAAUCUAGAUACUUUAAACAGACUGUUUCAGCUAUGAAUUAUCAUAGAGUAUGGACUACAUCAAGUGUACCAUUAGUACCAGUUUUAUUUAUGUUAGGUUCUAUAGGAAAGAUGGUUGUUCAUGUUGAUCUCAUAGCUAUUGGAACUUGUGUUGUGUUGUCAGUUGUUCUAUUUAUUUAUAAAUUAUUGGACUCUGCAAGAGUUCGUGCAUAA